AUGCGUCAACGCAGUCGUAAGCAGCGCAUACAUGGUGACGAUGAUGCCUUGCCCGACUUCACCCGUCACACUCUCCGUUCGGUCCAGGCAUCAUGGGAAUUCUUUCUAGCAUGGCUACGAAUCACAUGGUUUGACAUAUUUGUCAUGUCAGCGAUGGGUGGCGCUGCUCUAGGCAUCUACAAUGCCCCUCUGGCCGCGACGCGAAACUUUCCCAUCACGUUUAACGGUACCGGGGAUAUUGUCUAUCCUCAGUGGGCUUACCCUGAUCGCGGCUGGAUCAUCGACACCUGGCUGUCCGCAUUACUCUCCGCCCUCAUUCCUAUCGCGGUCAUCCUCCUCGCCCAGUUCCGCGUGAGGAACAUAUGGGACGUGAACAACGGCAUCAUCGGCCUCAUCUUUUCCAUCUCGCUCGCCACACUGAUUCAAGUCAUCAUAAAACAGUUAAUCGGCGGCUUUCGCCCUUACUUUCUGGCCGUCUGCAUGCCCGACAUCACGCGCGCAGUCACCAACAACUCGACCGGACUCAACGCCGUCGGCUUCCAGCAAAUCAUGUACUCGGUCGACAUUUGCACGCAGCCGGACCGCGACAAAUUGAAGAAUGCAAUGACGUCCUUUCCCUCAGGCCACUCCACGGCCGCGUUCGCCGGCUACGUCUAUUUAUUUCUGUAUCUGAACGCUAAACUCAAGGUGUGGGCAGACUAUCGCCCGGCGCUUUGGAAGAUUGCGUUGACUUUUGCACCACUUCUCGGCGCUCUGCUUAUCGCCUGUUCCCUGACGAUAAACCAAGCUCACAAUUGGUAUGACAUUGUGGCUGGAAGUGCCAUCGGAAUUGCUGUGGCCUUUGGCUCAUUUCGUGGAUGCUACGCUGCUAUCUGGGACUGGCGGUUCAACCACAUUCCUCUCCAGAGGCGCGAUCAGUUCGUUUACUCUCCGGAAGAUGGAACGGAAUAUCGAAACGACGUGUUCACGAGAUCUGGUGGCUGGGGAGUGAUUAGGGAAGAAGCGACAGAGAAGAACUCGCCCAAUGGACGAAGCGGUGCUUACUACGCUGCCCAGCAGACUGCGUAUCACGGAGCAUCAGAUAGGGAUACCCUGCCGUCACAACUACCACGAACACGCUAUAAACAGCAUAGGCAUCGACCCCGGGGAGACGAUGUCGUUUGA